GGGCGCUGUGCGUAUCGUCAGCAUGGCGGGCAUCGACGACAACAUGUGCUGCGGCACGCACGUCAGCAGCCUGGCGCAUCUGCAGGCCGUCAAGCUGCUGCAGGCAGAGCGGGGCAAGAAAGGACGCACCAACGUCCACUUCGUGGCCGGCCAGCGGCUGCUGGACCACCUGGGCGAGACCGCUGGCCGGGAGGCCCACCUCAACACCGUGCUGAGGUGUGGUCCUGCCGAGUACGGCACGAUCCUGGACAAGUGGCAGCGCUCGCUGAAGACCAGCCAGCGCGCCUGCCGCCAGCUGCUGCGUCAGCUGGCGCAGGCGGAGGUGACGCGCUUCCGGUCGGCGGCGCCGCCGCUCGGCUUCCUCUCGGUCCACCAGCCGGCCGGCGACGCCGAGUUCAUGGCCACCGUGGCUGUCGCUGCUCGACGACGAGACGGUACUGGCGGUGGUGACGGUCGGGGGCGAGGACGGCGGCGCCGGCUCCCUCCUGGUGCGCGGCCCAGCCGAGCUCGUCAGCCGCGUCGCGCCCAAACUCUGCCAGCUCAUGGACGGCAAGGGGGCCGGGAAGAACGGCCGGUUCACCGCCAGGCUGGCCUCCCUGAAGCGACGCCCCGAGGCCGAUGACGUCAUACGACAAGAGAUAACAUCGGGCGAGAGCUGAGCGGUGUCCCUAUGGGCAGUGGGAGCGUCAUCUGACCGAUCUGUCACUGGCUGAUAACUGAGUGACGUCAUUGUCGAGGGGCUGUGUCAUUGGUGGAUGUCGCGCGUUGGCGGAAAACAAUUGACCGGUGUCAGAUUUGCUCAGUGCAUUGUCAUUUGUCGGGAUGGGCAGUCGCUCCCCGCGUGCAAUAGUUACUGCCUUCAAAGUGAUCGCUAUGGAUUACCAGUAGCCAUGACUAGGUUGUGUUUCUGUUUCUCAUGCUGAUCACGGUGCGGAUUACAAGCAGCCGUGGAUAUAUUGUGCUUCUGAUUCUCAUACUGAUCACUGAGUGGAUUACAAGUAGCCAUGGACAGAUCGUGUCUCUGCUCCUCACCGAUUCAGUACAAAGCUAUCGGUCACCGCGGGCGGUUAUCGUCAGUUGCGCCGCUUUUGACUAGAAAGAUGGGGCCGGAUGCUUUUCAUCAGCAUAAGCAUCGCG